CUAAAAUAAUAAUAUUUCUAAAAGUUUGGGACUUCAAUAGAAAACAAAGUUUCACACAAAAGAAGAGCUUUUGGCAUCCAGACAGAGAGAGAGAAGCUGACCGGAGAAGAAGAAGACGAAGCAAGUUCGAACUUUUGUCUACAGGAAAUGGAUGGGAGUUUCCCUCAAGGAGGUGUGGUUCGUGGUGGAGCUUCUUCCUACGGAGGAGGAGGAUUCGAUCUGCAAGGCUCCAUGAGAGUUCAUCAACAACAACACAAUUCUCAACCGCUUCAUGAAGGUCUUCCCUUUACUAUGGUUACAGCUCAAACCUGUGAUCAUCAUCAUCACAACGUGCCCAUGACUACUGAGCAGCAACAUAAUAAGAACUCAGUGAGUGAUGAUGAUGAGCCGAGUUUCAACGAGGAAGGUGGUGGUGGUGAGAAGUCGACCAAAGGGUCUCCAUGGCAGCGAGUGAAGUGGACUGAUAAGAUGGUGAAGCUGCUGAUAACCGCCGUGUCUUACAUAGGAGAUGAUUCGAGUAUGGAUGGUGGGAGUAGGAGAAAGUUCGCGGCUUUGCAGAAAAAGGGCAAGUGGAAGUCUGUUUCCAAAGUCAUGUCCGAGAGAGGGUACCAUGUUUCGCCUCAGCAGUGUGAGGAUAAGUUCAAUGACUUGAAUAAACGGUAUAAGAAGCUUAACGAUAUGCUUGGGAGGGGGACUUCUUGUCAGGUUGUUGAGAACCCUGCGCUUUUGGAUUCGAUUGGUUACUUGAAUGAUAAAGAGAAGGAUGAUGUUAGGAAGAUCAUGAGUUCUAAACACUUGUUCUAUGAGGAGAUGUGUUCUUAUCAUAAUGGGAAUAGGUUGCAUUUGCCUCAUGACCUUGCUUUGCAGCGUUCGUUAAAGCUGGCGCUUAGGAACAGAGAUGAUCAUGAGAGUCAUCAUCAAGUUGAGGAUCUUGAUGAGGAUGAUGGGGAAGGUGAGGAGGGUGAUGAGUAUGAUGAUUUUUCGCAUGGGGGUUGUAGGGGAGUUCAUCAUGGAGGUGGUGGUGGUGCUUUGAAGAAGGCAAGACAGAGUCAUAGCCAUGAAGAUGUUGACCAUCCGGGUCAGAACGUGAGUUCUCUGGAGUGUAAUAAGCUCUCUUUGGCUCAGAUGCCGUUUCCUCAAGGUGGGGAAGAGAGUGAGAGAGCAGCUUUGACGCAGAAGCAGUGGAUUGAGUCUAGGACUCUCCAGUUAGAAGAGCAGAAGCUUCAGAUCCAGGUUGAAUUGCUGGAACUGGAGAAACAGAGAUUCAGGUGGGAGAGGUUUAGUAAGAAAAGGGAUCAAGAACUGGAGAGGAUGAGGGUGGAGAACGAAAGGAUGAAGCUUGAGAAUGAUAGGAUGGGACUGGAGUUGAAACAAAGGGAAUUGGGUGUUGAGUUGUAGCAAAGGAUUUGUCUUCAACUUCUCUUGAUUGGUAUAUAAAUGAAGACGCAUUUAGCUUUGAUUUAAAAAAUGAUCUCGAGACUUUGAUGUGAGAGAUCAUUGUGGUUACUUCUGUGGUGGAGGGUUUGUAGCAGUUCUCCAAGGCUUUUGCCUUAACCUCUCACCCUGUUUUUCAUCAUCUUGUUUGUAUUAUUCAAAUAAGAACCUUGAAAUGUUAAAAUUAUGUAGCAGA